GUAAGUCACAUGACUCGGUGUCUUCCGAUCUCUGCAUGCGCAGCCGUGAGGAACCCCACCGGGGUUGGGGCCGCUGUGACCCCAGCCCCAUUCUCUUCCUGAGUCUUUUGUCCACAGCUCCACUUGGCCUGCUGGGGGAAGAGAGCCGUCAGGUGUCUCUGGUGGUCAUCCCUAGCAAUGUGGGCCCCCCCCAGAACCUGCUUCAUAUCCGGGCAGUGGGCACCAACUCCACGCUGCACUAUGUGUGGAGCAGCCUUGGGCCUCCAGCAGUGCUGCUGGUGGCCACCAAUACUCCCCACAGCAUCCUGAGUGUCAACUGGAGCCGCCUGCUGUCCCCUGAGCCUGACGGAGGCCUGAUGGUGCUCCCCAAGGACAACAUCCAGUUUUCUUCUGCCCUUGUCUUUACCAGGCUGUUUGAGUUCGAUAGCACCAACUCAUCUGAUGCGGCAGCAAAGCCUCCGGGGAAACCGUACCCCCCAUACGCCUUGGCUGAGUUCUCCUGGAACAACAUCACCGACUCAUUGGAUCCUGCUACCUUGAGCGCCACAUUUCGAGGCCACCCCAAUCAUGACCCCACCGGGGCUUUUGCCAAUGGCAGCCUGGCCUUCAAGGUGCAGGCCUUCUCCAGAUCUGGCCGACCGGCCCAACCCCCUCGCCUCCUGCACACGAUGGACACCUGCCAGCUAGAGGUGGCCCUGAUUGGGGCCUCUCCCCGAGGAAACCGCUCCCUUUUUGGGCUGGAAGUGGCCACCUUGGGCCAGGGCCCCGACUGUCCCUCACUGAGGGAGCAGCACUCCAUCGACGAUGAAUAUGCACCUGCUGUCUUCCAGUUGGACCAGCUGCUAUGGGGCUCCCUCCCAUCAGGAUUUGUACAGUGGCGACCAGUGGCUUUCUCCCAGAGCCAGGGGAGCCGAGAAUCAGCCCUUCCCUGCCAAGCUUCCCCUGUUUAUCCCACCUUGGCAUACAUUCUCCCCCAGUCACCCAUUGUUCGAGCCUUCUUUGGGUCCCAGAACAACUUCUGUGUCUUCAAUCUGACCUUUGGGGCUUCUACAGGACCUGGUUACUGGGACCGACACUACCUCAGCUGGUCGAUGCUCCUGGGUGUGGGUACCCCUCCAGUAGAUUCCUUGUCCCCGCUAGUCGUAGGAAUCAUGGUGGUGGCCCUGGGUGCUCCAGGGCUCAUGCUGCUGGCAGGAGGUCUGUUUCUGCUACUGGGCCCCAAGAGGUACUCAGAAUACCAGCCCAUAAAUUGAAGCCCACUCUUUAAAGGGAACCACACUACUGGACCUGUGUGCUGUGCUUCAAACCCCUGCAGGUUUGAGGGUCAGUAUUCCCAGCCAGCUUCUCCCCUCUUGCUUUACUGCAGAAACUCAGAGGCUAGCCUCAAGUCCUGGGAACCGCUGGGUGGGGCUUCCUUCAGACCCUAGAGAGGGACCAGGGACAGGGUUAUUGCUGGAGAGAGGGUGCCCUUAGAGUUGGCUCCCUGCCCCUCCAGCCCCCACUUCUCUAGGAUGGGACUCACAGGCCGCAAUGAAAGGCUUUCUGACAGCUGCUACCUUGCGGGCAUGAAAUAGAUAGACUUUUUCCACAGG